CUCUUAUAAUCAUAACUGGCACAGGAUGUGUCCCAUCCUAUUCACCACAUGGUGUCUGACCUGGAGGAGCCGGUGACCACCAGGUCGUCUAAGGAGGGGUGCACCGGCCCAGGUCGGAAACGGAGCAGGCCAAAGCCACCGUGCCGCUCAGUAGUGGGAUCGCGCCCGUGAAUAGACGCUGUAGUCCAGCCUGAGAAAUACAGCGAGCUCAUGGGUCACUGGUCAAAAGUAGUGCACUAUAUAUAGGGAACAGGGUGCUGUUUGGGACACAUCUAGGGUGUGCCGUUUGGGACACGUCUGGGGUGUGCCGUUUGGGACAAGUGUACAAAUGUGCUACAAUGUUACGUUAAAAACAGAAUGAUAAAGUCCUUCAAGUUGGUGGAUUUGAUACAACUAGGCCUGUUCAGGCAGACAUUAGAGGGCCUUUUUACUGAAGAAUGGCUUGGUUUCAUAUGUUCAGCCCUUUAUAGACUCCUCCAAACAGAAUUUCUUGAAAACCUAGGAAUUUUGGCAAAGUUAACGUAAUAUUUCAACCCUAUGUGGAACAUUACGUAAUGUUUACAGGAAAACAAGGGGACAUGUUCAGACAAAACACGGAACUCUCUGCAAUUAGAUUCUCAGCUAGUGGUGCUCUGUAGUAAGAGAAUGUGUACACAUUUGGUUCAGUUGAGUGUAUGUCCUGUAGGCUUGAUUCCAGAUGGAUGAUUCACUGCUGGCUGGUGAAGUGGCUGCUGAGAUAGGAGUUGUGUAGGCCUGUGGAAACUCCAAGGUUCACCACCUUGUGACUAUCCCCCUACAGCUGGUGAAGUGGCUGCUGAGCUAGGAGUCGAGUAGGCUGGAGGAAACCCCAAAGCUAUGUGCAAAUGUGUGAAGACCCAGUCAUCCAUGGGCUCCUCAGACAACAUAAAGAAAGUAAUGAGAAGAGAGAAGAAUCGUAUCGCUGCCCAGAAGAGCAGGAUGAGACAGACCCAGAAGGCAGACAGUCUACACCUGGAGAGUGAGAACCUGGAGAAGGAGAACGCGGCUCUGAGGAAGGAGGUGAAGAAACUCAAAGAAGAAGCCAAGUAUCUCUCCUCUGUCCUGACUACCCAUGAGCCUCUCUGCACUGGCCUGCCCCCCCAGAUGACCCCGGACCUCAUCUACUCCCCCCAUCAUCACUCUGUCUCCCCCCACCAUCACGGGAGCAAUGUCUUCCACCACCAGCACAGUAUCGCUGUGUCGCACUUCCAGCACUGAUCACCACCGACCACCAGGGGGUGCUGAAGAGAAGCGGGAGAGGUUUUACUGACCUUGAUAUAGUGGGUGAAGAGAGCCACUUGAACUAGCCUCGCUAAACCAGGUCAGUCUGGUUUCAAGAGGCUACACUUGAACAGGAUGAAGUUAAUGAAUGGUUUCUUUGUUUCAACGGGAACAGACAGCACUCAUGAAUGAUGUCUUUGCAUCAGAUCAACAAUUUUCUGAUAUUAAAAGAUGACAAAGGCUUCUUUUACACAGGCAGCCAAAUUCGGAUCUUUUGCCCAAUUAUUGUCAAAAUGUCUGAUUGGUCAAAAAAACAAUUAAUGACAAAAGAUCAGAAUUGUGUAAAGGCACAUAGAUGGUAAUUUCAAAUGUAUGACUCGACCAUAGAAUCAAUACCUUGACUAUGCCAAUUGUCAACAUCUACAGGACAUAAAACCAGCAUGAUUGAAUGAUUUUUUUAUUGUACUAUUGACAUUUAUACAACAAUGAAAUGAUUCCGUGUUUACGUUUCAAGUAAUUUAUAUAGGCCUAUUACAACGUUUUGCCGCUAGGACUGGGACGCUACUAGUAUCACGAUACUUGUUAGUAUUGUGGCAAGGGAACAAAACACAAAGCAGAUUUAACUUAGGAACAUGUAGUUAUUUUCCAGGCUAUAUCACAACAUAUGUUCCAUACAGCAGGUUUAGUACCAGGCUAUAUCACUACAUAUGUUCCAUUCAGCAGGUUUAGGACCAGGCUAUAUCACAACAUAUGUUCCAUACAGCAGGUUUAGUACCAGGCUAUAUCACAACAUAUGUUCCAUACAGCAGGUUUAGUACCAGGCUAUAUCACUACAUAUGUUCCAUUCAGCAGGUUUAGGACCAGGCUAUAUCACAACAUAUGUUCCAUACAGCAGGUUUAGUACCAGGCUAUAUCACAACAUAUGUUCCAUUCAGCAGGUUUAGGACCAGGCUAUAUCACAACAUAUUUGACAUACAGCAGAUUUUUAAAGGACCAAAGAAUCUGAUCUGGUUCGUGUUUUCCUUUUUUUGCCAUAGAAAUAAAUAUCGCAAUACUGGUAUCAUCCCAGCUUUAGUUUUAUUUGUGUGCAUUUCUCAUGUUCACGACUACCACUAUUGCAUAUGACUGAUUGGAGCAUUGACAAAUAGCUUGGAUUACUCAAUGAUGUGUACAUUAUUUUACUAUUUUCUCACAAAACAGCUGCUUUUCUAGUCUGAUUUAAAUACAUGUACAUUCUGCCUAAAGUGAAAGUUUGAAAAUAACUUUGUUAACUCAAGAGUCUAUGUUCGAAUCAUCUUGAAUUCGUUUAAAAAAAAAAACUGAUUAUUUAAUGGUCACAAGGUGGAGUCGUGUACCUAUAAGUAAUUAAGGGUAAGCCUUGUUAAGGAACCGUAUGCAUUGUAUGCUCUGAUAUAAGUGAUUAUCUUAUAGACUGGUACUGAGACAGGACAUAAUAAAGGUGAAAUAAAUAAAUAAAUCAAAUAAAUACAGGUUUAGUUUACCAUCAGUGCUUGUACUUUUUAAAUGAAUUUCUUUGAAUGUUGUAUUGAUUAUUUUUUUAAAAAUACUGUCUUACUGUACAUUUCAAAAUAAAGAUAGAAACUUAGAAAUUG